AUGAAUCAGGAAGCUUAGUACACAACAGAAUUCGGUGGAAUUUCAUCUUUGGUUAUUAUUGUUGUAGUUAUUUUAUUCUUCUUUUCUAAUAUAUUGGAUUUUUUUGCUAAAACUUAAGUAUUUACAGAUGAUGAAACCUUAAUUUCAAAUGAUCCUUAAAUGCUUGAACUUAAUUCAGAUAAUUAUAUGUUAGCUGUCUCCAUAGAAUAAACAAAUUAUUCUUUGAAUCCUUUCUUUAAUAUUUCAAUUGAGUAAAGGUAACUGAUUUACUUAAUUAAGAUAAUAUGAUAGAGAUACUAAUGGAGUAUUAAAAAAGACAAUAAAAUAUAUUUAACUUUAAGAGUGUAGAUUUGAUUAAUUUGAUAAAGUAUUUUCAAAACACGGAAUUAAUUUUACAGAAUAAUUCAAUACUUUAGGAUUAAAAUAUUGGUUAUGCCCAAAGUAAAAAUUAAAAUUAUCUUAGAGAUGAUUUCAAAAUCCUACUGAAAGGAACUUAUUCAAGUGAUCAAUUCUAAUUUAUUAAACUUGUUGUUAAGGAAUGUUAAAAUUCAAAUAUACAAAAUUAAACUUGGAACCCAAUUUGUGCAAAUGAAGAAGUCAAAUAAAAAUAUUUAACUAAAGAAGGAUAAUUUAAAUUAUAAUUAUACUAGACCAAUACAAUAAUUAAUUAAAACAAACCUGAUAAUUAUUUAACUUAAUUUCUUGAUAGUGAUAUGUAUUUUACUUUUGUUCCAAAAAAACUCUCUAGAUAAGCUAAUAUUUAUUUUAGAGAAUCUAAAAUUAUUAAUGAUAAUAGUCUUUUACCUUAUUAGUACAAAUUAUAUGUAUAAUUAAGGGACUAAACAGAAACAGCAGUGAUUGUGAGAAAAAAUGAGGAUUUUCGUGAUUUGACAGAAUUAGGAAGAGAUACGGAUGAUUAAUAUGCAAUAAUUUAUUUAAGAAGAAGUUAAUUCACUUAAAUAAUAUCUAGAAAGUUUUAAAAAUUAGGUGAAUUGUUGUCUUAUCUUGGAGGUGUAGUAUAAAUAAUGAGAUUGUUAUUUGGAAUAUUCAUAGUGUUUUGCAAUAGAUAAUUAAGUAGAGUAUUUCUUAUCAUUUAGUGUUAAUUGAAUUGUCUAAUAAAUUGUAUGAUUUUAAAGAAAUCAAAUUAAAAAGAGUUGAAUAACCUUCUCCUCCUUAAAUGACAGGGAGUAUGCCAUAAGAUACUGUUAGAUCUAAAUAUAUUGAAGAUUAAUUGAAUUCUCCAGAACCAGAUGCUAUUUUAGAUAUUAAAAAUGAUACAUUCUUGUCUCCUAGUACAACUAAUAUCAAAAGUGCUAUCGAUAAAAUAUUAUAUGAAUCUAAUCCUAUCAGAUUUUCAUUCAAAUUAUUUCUAAACAAACUUACAUGCGGUUUCAUGUUUAAAGAUAGAAAUGCAAUACUUCUAGAAAAAGCUAUUAAUAGAAUGAAUUAAGAUUUAGAUCUACAUAGUAUUUUAUAUAGAAUUCAAGAAAUAAGUAAAAUUAAGAAAUUACUAUUCAAUGAAUAAUAAAUGAUCUUAUUUAAUUUUACACCAAAACCAUAGAUAUCUGUCCAAAGCAAUAGUAGAGUUCCUUCUCGUUUAUUGAUACAUGAUUCAAAAAUAAAAAGUAGAUUAAAAAGAUAAAAUAAUUUAGAUAUCAAAGAACAAGAUUAAAUUUCAUAUAUGCUUAUGAAUGUAAUAUAUAUUUUAAUUAAAUAGGCUUAUGCUUUAGUUAAAGAUGAUAUUCCAGCAGAAUUUUAGAGUGAUUGCUCUUUAAAAAUCAAUCAAAAGUUAAUAGAAUUGAUGAUUCAAGAAACUUAGAAUGCUGAUAAUUCUUUUAAACAUUAAUUAUAGUCACCUAAAAAACCUUUUAUUUCCUUUAAGUUUUAAAUUAAUGAUUAAUAGAAUGAAUAAGAAUAGAUUAAUGAAAAUAAGAAUGACAACCCAAUCAUUAAUGAAUAACAAUGA